UUUUACCUUUGAAGACAAUGUUAGGACCAAGAUACGAUGAACAGGUUGCUGAAGAAAAUCGUUUUCACCCAAGUAUGUUAUCCAACUACUUAAAAAGUCUGAAGGUUAAAAUGGGUUUGCUGGUAGACUUGACCAACACUACUAGAUUCUAUGAUAGGAAUGAUAUAGAGAAAGAGGGGAUUAAAUAUAUAAAGCUCCAGUGUAAAGGGCAUGGUGAGUGCCCUACACCUGAGAAUACAGAAACAUUUAUCCGUGUAUGUGAGCACUUCAGUGAUAAGAAUCCCUCAGAGCUUAUAGGUGUCCAUUGCACGCAUGGUUUCAAUAGAACUGGAUUUCUGAUCUGUGCCUUCUUGGUCGAGAAGUUGGACUGGAGUAUUGAGGCUGCUGUGGCUACUUUUGCUCAGGCUAGACCACCAGGUAUUUAUAAAGGCGACUAUUUGAAGGAGUUAUUUCGUCGCUAUGGAGAUGAAGAUGAUGCACCGUCACCACCUGAGCUACCAGAAUGGUGCUUUGAUGAAGACGAGGAAGAGGAUGAUGAUAAUGGGAAAACAGGAGGCCAAGAGUCAGAACCUGGAUCGUCAAGCUCUUCCUUUGGCAAGAGGAGAAAAGAACGUCUAAAACUGGGUGCCAUUUUCUUGGAAGGAAUAACAGUUAAAUGUGUGACCCAGGUGACGACACAACCAAAGCUAGGAGGAAUACAGCAAAAAUGUCAGCAGUUCUGUGGCUGGGAAGGGUCUGGAUUCCCUGGAGCACAGCCUGUUUCCAUGGACAAGCAAAAUAUUAAAUUUUUGGAGCAGAAGCCAUACAAAGUUAGCUGGAAAGCAGACGGCACUCGGUACAUGAUGCUGAUCGAUGGCAAGAAUGAAGUCUAUAUGGUUGAUAGAGACAAUUCAAUUUUUCAUGUAUCUAAUCUGGAAUUUCCGUUCCGUAAAGAUCUUCGCACACACCUAACAAACACUCUCCUGGACGGGGAAAUGAUCAUCGACAAGGUUAAUGGACAGGUUGUCCCUCGGUACUUGAUAUAUGACAUUAUUAAGUUUAAU